AUGAAUUACAGACCAUAUAUUGCCACGGGGUUUACAACCCGUUCUGAUAUCGGAUCUGCUCGUUCAGCCCCCGAUUUGCUGGACCGGUCUGCUACUAAUACCAUUGGUAGUGCUGCGGCUCCGGCUGUGGGGCGUGGGCGGGGGAAGGGUGGUGAGGAGGAGGAAGAAGAGGAAGGAGAGGAUAAAGGCUAUGAUGAGAAUCAGAAAUUUGAUGAAUUCGAGGGAAAUGAUGUCGGAUUGUUUGCUUCGGCCGAGUAUGAUGAGGAUGAUAGAGAGGCAUAUGCUGUGUGGGAGGAGAUUGAUAAGACGAUGGAUUCAAGGAGAAAGGACAAGAGGGAAGCUAGGUUAAAGGAAGAGAUUGAGAAGUACAGGGCGUCAAACCCUAAGAUUACGGAACAGUUUGCUGAUCUAAAGAGAAAAUUGCAUACUUUGUCUGCGGAGGAAUGGGAUAGUAUACCAGAGAUUGGGGAUUAUUCAUUGAGGAAUAAGAAGAAGAGGUUUGAGAGUUUUGUGCCUGUGCCCGAUACUCUUCUUGAGAAGGCUAGGCAGGAGAAAGAGCAUGUUACAGCUCUUGAUCCUAAGAGUAGAGCUGUUGGUGGGACGGAGACACCUUGGGCACAGACUCCUGUUACUGAUCUGACUGCUGUUGGUGAAGGUAGGGGUACUGUGUUAUCAUUGAAGCUUGAUAGGUUAUCUGAUUCUGUGUCGGGGCAGACAGUUGUUGAUCCUAAAGGUUAUUUGACUGAUCUUAAGAGUAUGAAGAUUACUCUUAAGAUCAUACAAUAUAAGCAAAAACAUAAUCCGUAA